AUGUAUACAGUAAUGUAUAUCCCAGCUCCCCUGUACUCCAUUAUAGUGAUAUGACAUGUAUACAGUAAUUACUUACUGUCCCCCCCUCGGCGGUGAAGAGGGUGUCUCCUCUCAGCGGAGGAGAGCGGACCUCUCCUGCACUUGUCCCCUCAGCGGCUGGGGUGCCGCAGAAGCCGGAAACCGGAAGUUGUAAACCGGAACUCUGCUUCACAAUGAGGCUUGGAGCGCAGGUGCAGUCGUCUGUGCUCACCGCUCGCCACAGAGGAAUUUCUCCUCGCAUUUGGCAAGCAGCUUUUUCAAGCCCUGUGCUA